AUGAAGGAAUACACGGUUUCUCGCAAGUCCCGCAUGGGAAAGAAAUCUAAAGGCCCGGUUGGUACUGCUAUUGCUACCCAUAAACGAUCUCCCUCCACACCACCCCCUACAACCGGGGGCUCGGGUAUGAAUGAACCCAAAUACGAGGUUGCCGUGAGGUUUGACGACCUACAAGGGGAUCUAUAUAGUCCUUUCUAUUCCGUCAAGAGAUUUGAAGACCUUGGACUUUCCAAGGAUCUUCUUGAGGGCAUUUAUUUCAUGAACUUUAAGAAGCCGUCCAUGAUCCAAGAGCGAGCACUUCCGCUCCUCUUAUCAAACCCCCCCAGAAAUAUGAUUGGUCAAUCACAAUCUGGGACUGGGAAAACCGCGGCCUUAGUUUUGACAAUGUUGACUCGUAUUGACAUGUCCGUGAGCAAUGUCGAAGCUCUAUGUUUGGCUCCAACUCGGGAACUGGCCAAACAGAUCCAAAGAGUUGUUCAAACCAUGGGUCAAUUCACCAACGUCAAAGCCCAGUUCGCUAUCCCGAAUAUGGCCAAAUGUAGUCAAAGGAUUGAUGCCCACAUUGUCGUCGGAACACCCGGCACAGUUCUGGACUUGAUUCAGCGAAAUCAAUUGGCUGUCGAACAUCUUAAGCUUUUCAUGCUCGACGAAGUGGAUAAUAUGCUUGAGCUUCAAGGACUAGGCGAACAGUGUCUCCGUGUGAAAAGGAAUAUACCCUCCACCACCCAGAUCGCCCUAUUCUCCGCAACUUGUUCCGAUGAAGCAUUUAAAUACAUGUACCGAUUUGCCCCAAAUGCCAAUCGGAUUAUCCUAAAGAACACAGAACCUUCCCUGGCAGGGAUCAAGCAACUCUGUAUGGACUGUCAGAGUGAAGAGGACAAAUAUAGGGUGUUGCUGGAGCUCUAUCAUGUUUUGACUGUUGGGUCGUCGAUAAUUUUCGCCAAGAAGCGCGAAACAACCUCUGAGAUACAGCGGCGAAUAGAAGUAGACGAGCACAAAGUUGCCACACUCCACAGUGCACAAGACCGGCCAGACCGCGACAAGGCGGUCCAUUCUUUCCUUUCCGGGAAAGCCAAAGUGCUCAUUACCACAGAUGUUUUGGUACGGGGGAUCGAUGUGGCUACCGUCUCGAUGGUGGUCAAUUACGACCUACCUCUAGACAUGAACCGUCAACCCGACCCUGUGGCCUAUCUUCACCGGGUUGGACGAACCGGAAUAUUCGGACGCCCGGGUCUGUCGGUUAACUUUGUCUAUGACAAGCACAGCUUGCACCAAGUAACCGAGAUAUCUAGUUAUUUUGGUACUUGCAUGACAAGAGUCUCAACAAAUAACACUGACGUAUGUUCUUUCCAGACGUGUUGA